AUGAACAACGACGUACUUACAAAAGUUAUUCCACGCUUAAGCAAGUCGUCUGUCAGAUCCCUCUGCAUAGUAAUAAAUGCUGAUGAGUACUACGCACACGUAUUCAUUAAGUAUGGAAAUAGACUGAACAUAAUGUCCAUCGAUAAAAUCUGUGCUAUACUGCAGAAGAUGGUCGAUCUUGGAAAUUCUACCAUGGCAUUUGAGUUCCUUGUAUCAAUUCCAACUGGUAGAAUGACAAGAGUCAUUCUAAAGCUCAUAGAAAAUCCCGAUUUCGAAAAGUCGUCAAUCAUUCUAACCCUCCAAAGCGCAUUCAUGCAAUUGGACAAAGGAUGUAGCAAAGACUCAAUUAGAUAUAGGAUGGUUGCAGACCAUAUACAAAGUAUCGUUACAAAUAGAAACACACACACAAAAUACUGUAAAUAA